AUGUUGCUGGAGGCGCGCGGUCUCGUCGCACGCAAGAGAAACGGACUGACGGUGAGCAGCUUCGGGGCCGGGGGUGCCGCGGGCGGCGGCGCCCCCGGAUUCGCCCUCGGGGUCGUCGCCGCCGCCGCCGCGGCGGCUCCCGGCAGCGAGGACGACGAGGAGGACGCGAGGACCGUCCUCGGCAAGAUGCAGCCCGAGGCCGACAGUCCCGACGCGCCGCGAUGCGCCCCCAGGGACGACCGCGAGGAGAGCUCCAGCCCCUCGCCCAACCUCAACAAUAACAAUUGCACCAGGCAGUGCGCCACCGACUUCAGCAUCGCCGCCAUCAUGGCCCGCGACUCUCGACAGCAGCAGCAACAGCAGCAACAGCAGCAGCAGCUCCUGCAUCACCAUCCCCACCGGCACUCCCAGCAACAGGCCGCCGCCGGCGUCAAGCGGCGCCACCAUGAGCGGGAAGCCAGCGGUUCCGGUGCGGCGAGGACGCAACCGCCCCCUGAACCCGCCGACGUCGAAGACGAACCGGAAACUGACGAUACCGGAAGUUCCAGCGGCAAGAUUUUUAUCCAGGAACGUUGCAAUUGCGAAGAACUCAGGAACGUUGUGUGUCAUCUGGAGACCAAGGACCUUUGGGACAAGUUCCACGACUUGGGCACGGAGAUGAUCAUCACUAAAACCGGAAGACGGAUGUUCCCGACAUGUCGCGUUUCGUUCAGCAACCUGAAGUCCGGAGGGCGUUACUCGGUGCUGAUGGACAUCGUGCCAGUGGACGACAAGCGGUACCGAUACACCUAUCACAGGAGCUGCUGGUCGGUCGCUGGGAAAGCCGACCCCCCGGCACCGGCUCGUCUCUACGUUCAUCCCGACUCGCCCUUCACCAGCGAGCAGCUCCUCAAGCAAGUCGUCUCCUUCGAGAAAGUCAAGCUGACCAACAACGACAUGGACAGGCAUGGACACCUGGUCCUGAACUCGAUGCACAAGUAUCAGCCGCGCAUCCAUCUGGUUAAGAGGCCAGACACCGGAGCCAGCGAUCCAAUAGAGGACCUGGAGCAGGAGCCGCACAAGACCUUCAUAUUCCCCGAGUCGGUCUUCACGGCCGUCACCGCGUAUCAGAAUCAGCUCAUAACUAAACUAAAGAUCGACAGUAAUCCGUUCGCCAAAGGCUUUCGAGAUUCCUCGCGGCUCACGGACUUCGAAAGUUUCCCUUGCAGGGAGACGAUGGAGUCCAUGCUGGCGGAGCAGCAGUCCCUGAGGUUUCCCCAUCGAUUUCCCUUCGAGAUGGAGCAGCUCCAGGCGGGCGGAGCGAGCAACCUGAGCUUGGAGGAGAAGGCGCUGUGGGCAUCGCGCUCGCAGAUCCUCCUGAGGGCCGCAGCUGCGGCCGCGAUGGGACCCUACACCCAGCUGGUUAGUCCAGCCCUCGUGUACCCGGGCGCAUCGACCAUGGCGGCGGCGGCGGCGGCCGCGGCGGGCACCAGCCACCACCAACAGCAGCAACACCAGCAGCAGCAGCAGCAGCAGCAGCUCGGCCACCUGUGGUGGGCUUCCUCGCUGGGACCCACGCUCUUCGCGGCGGCGCACCACCAUCACCAGCAGCAACAACAGCAGCAGCAGCAGCAAUUGGCCGCCUCGGGAGCGCGGCAGAGUCGCUCGGGGCCGGCAGCACCGCGAGCUCUUUACCCCUCCGCGCUCGCCCUCUCUUCCCAUCAUCGAUUCUCCCCGUACCACACCUCGACGACCACCAAGCGCUCCACCCCCGGGGCGCCCUCGUCCUCCCCCUCGCCCUCGCGGCGGGCCACCCCCUCGCCGACGGACAGUCUCUACAAGGAGGCUCAGGACCUCUCGCCCUCGUAGUCGCCGCCGCCUCCACCCGCGAGGGUAGCCCACUCCCCGGCGACCUGCGCGCGGAGCGCCGAGGGGCGCGGCCGCCGUUAGCCCCCGGAUCUCCCCACCUCGGUUUCGUCGUUGCGCUCUCGCGGGAACACGUCGACGUGUUGAGGGCACCUCGGCGCGGCGGCCGACUCUUGGUCGGCGGUACGGGCCUGGACUAUACGUAGAAACGAGACGCGGCUGGCUUUCGAAGUGGCGAAGAGACUCGAACGAGAUGGUAUCAAAGAGUCGUUUUGGAAGGAUGCUUAUUUUGCCCCGUAGACGUUGGCCUAGGAAAAUUUGGGAUCAUUCCAUGUCAGAGGAUAUCAAAAUUAGGAGGACGUGGAUUGGAAUUGGAACGGUUUGGAUGGGUGUCCUACGGAUCCGAAUAACUUGUAUCAGGUCAUGGAGCGGACGGUCUAUCGAGAUCGGCAACCAAGAACUCGAAUACGGUUUGGUGGUACGGUUUGGUUACCGUGAAAAUGCAAUGUUGUUUUUUCUUUAUGCAGAUUUGUUGUAUCAAGUAUUGAUCGUUAAUUCGGGAUAACGAGAAGCAUCGUUUCACGUUUCCGGAUUGAGUUAUGGAUCGGAAUUAGGAGUGCUUAUUUUUAUGGAACAAGUGUGGAUCGUGUGCAAGUUCUGAACAUUUUAGAUUUUUGAACAUUUCAUUGCAAUAGGAAUUUUGAAUUAAUGAAGUAGGUCUUUAUAAGAAAUCAUAUUUGCAAGAAUAAUUUGGAACCCUGUACCUCAAAUUUACAGGGACAAAGGCUGUCGUUUUGACACACUUUCCCGUAUCACAGGACUUUUUUGGCAUUUGCCCAGGUAAACGAUAAUGCAAAAAUGAUUUGCACAAUUUGGUCGUGAUCUCUGUGUUAGUUAAACCUUGCCAAGAAACUCCGAACUUGUGAAUAUCUGCCGAACGCUAUGAUCCAAUUCUAUGACACAUCUGUACACCCGUACUUGAUUCAAUUAUUUGCCAAGGGAUGCUGUAAACAAUUAUUCACGAAUAUUCCGAAUAAAUUGGAGUGUACAUUUGCAAACGUUAGUAGCAAUUUGUAAAAUAGAAUUACAAUUCUCAAACUCACACAUUUAUAGAAAAUGAUGAAAAAUAUUUUAUUACCUUGACUUAUUUAGUACUGUAUAUGCACACUGACAGGAUACUGCCUUAAGAUAGAAUUGCACAAAGCGUGAAAGUAUAUCGUUCGUUAAUGAUUGUUUACAGUGAACACCCUUGUUUUUAAACAUUCCGGAUCUAACGAUAUACCUACACGUACCUCGUCGGUAACGAGUUCCGAAAGAGAAAAAAUGAGACUUGGAAAGACAGGCUUCUUAAAUUCUACUUGAACACGUUCGAGGAAAUUCCGUCUCUUUAACGGAAGUAGAAACGAAAUUAAGUUUCAACGAAAGGCGAAUCCGCAUCUGGGUAUUUCGAAGGGUCUGAAGGGAGACAGAUCUCAGUGGCCCUAGCAAACUUCACUCUUUUUAGCGGCGGUAGGAUCUUGACUAAUUGUUUCCCUUCUUCAAGGUACAUGACCGUAGUAAAACGAGUGCACGGACCGAAGACACGCGGGUCUCGAAGUAUCUUCGCCCUUAAUUGCCAGAUUAAAACAUCCCUUAGUGUCGCGAACAUCCCUCCGUAUUGUCGGAUUUGUUGCAGCAAAAAAUGUACUCGAUACGAUAUCAUCGAUUUUCGGUACGGAAGGGCGCAUCGUGCGCCUCUCGCUAAUUAAUGUAAUCGUUAAUGGUUACAUGCGUCGAUAAUACGGCUGCCCUGCGCACUACCUUGCAAUGUUUUUCCCGUUUCAUAAUAUUGAGCGAGAAGUGGAAAAACGUUGAAUGGCGAGGGUGUGUCUUUGCUGAAAACGCGAUCAAACUCUGCGAUUAAUAUGCCCAAUAAUGCGCCGAGUGUAAAUAUGUAACCGUGAGACUUUCAAUGGACUCCCUCGAUCCUGUAAGAAUGUCUGCAGCUACAUGCGUGAGACAUUCGUGAGACACGUUCGUUCACGGCACGGAGAGCGCAAACGCACGAUUGCGGUGGGAACCAAUUACGUUGUGAAGUUGUCGAGUAUGCCACUGUACAUACGAUCAAUGGGUAAUCUCUGGCCUCCACUUCUGUAACAUACAGCUGUAUAUUUCGUAUCACCACUUUACUGUUAUCGUUAUUUAUGUUUAAACCGCUCCGCGUUGGCUUUCGUGGAGGGGGUGCGCGAUAGGCUCGGGUCGGAACCACAACCUACCGAGGGUGGAGUAAAAACUUCUCCCAGUGAUGGUUGUUUCACUAAGAAUUACGUGGCACGUUUUCAGGCCUCCCUCGGGAAAAGAUCAUUUACGUUAGCAGGAAACACUUUCUCCCCCUGUUACCAAAGUAUGUGACCGAAACGAGAAAUUGUUAAAUAUCUGUAUUUUUAAGUAUUUAUUUGGAGUGUAAAGGUGCAUCACGGUAAGAGGCAAUGGGAGGCUGAGGAAUAUUUGGAAAAUAUUAAGGUGCCAAAUCGCAGUAGAGGCUCUCGAUAAUUCGGGCAAAAUGGCGGAAUGUACGUAGCAGGGGAUUCCCUCGGGAAUUUUAAUGAAAGCUUUUCAACCGGGUUUUUAAAAUUGGCAAAGGCAGAGAUGUCGAAUACAUUGUUAUUGAGAGUCUGUACUGGGUGUUGACGUGUCACUGUUUAUAUAAUUUCGUGACAGCUGAUCGCGUACUGCUUCCACGAUCGACCGAUGUCCAUCGUUAUCGAUGCGCGGUGAUUAGUAUUAGGGUAGCACGUUAUAUUGUUAACGCUUGUGUCGUGAGUACGCAUAUCUACCGCUGAGCGAGCUACUCCCUUGUAAAU